GACUCCGCUGGGGCUCCGUAGCCGCUCUAGAAGGGAUUUUUCUAACUUUCCAGAUCAAAUCCAGUAAAGAUUUGGAGCCUCCAGUGAACAGAGGGUGGUUCCGCCCAGAUGUCGGAGCUGUAACUGGUUUCCAGGUCAGAUCCAGUCCGCCGGAACUACCUGUUCCACCUGGAAACUUUGGAGCCGCAGGCAGCCCGGGAGCGCUGCAUGCUGGGAGGAACUCAACAGCUGACUGACUCCACCUUCACCUCCAGCCGUCACACACCGCCCGGCUGGCCGCUCCGACCGCCGCUGGACCCCUCUGUCUUCACACCGAGUCAUGGACCUGAGGGACCGGCGUCUCACGGUGAGCUGCUCCGCUGUCCGGGUCACACCGUGCCGCUGGAGGAGCUAACACUUUGGCUAGCUGCGGGAAACAGGAUUGUUGUGCUUGGAGUUCGGCUCGGUUCUGUAUGGAUCUGCUGCUUCGGACGGAGCCAGACUGGGGCGAAUUUACGGGUUUGAUUUCUUUCUAACUCCCUGACCGGGUCGGUACCGGAGAUUUGAAACGUUAUUCGGUUAAAUCUGUCCUCAGUCCACAGGUUAGCUAAGCUAAGCUAGCUGCAGUGAAGCAGGUGUUCGGCCUCUUAGUUUUUGUUCUUCUACUGACUGGACCGGACUGGGUCUGGGUUCAAAGUGUCCAAACAUCCACCUCCAUGAGCACCGAACCGCCGACCACCAUCCAACCUCCUCCGGUUCCCGACGGGCCCCUGUUAGCUCCGUUAGCCUCCUAGCUGCUGCUGCUAGCGGCUACAUAAACUGUCAGACACCGAGGGGUUCCGCGGAGCAGCCGGGAAAAGGUUCGGGAGGUUCGGAAAAAGCUGCUGUCAUGGAAACCUUCACCGAGCCUGUGAGCAGGUCUCAGGUGUAGCCGCGGCGAGUCCCGUGGGACCGGGGUGUGAUGGAGCCAGACGUGAUCCGGAUGUACUCUUCGUCGCCGCCACCGAUGGAGGACGGCGCAGAGGAAGAGGACGAUGAGUUUGGGGACUUCGGGACGUUCUCCGGAGUCCCCAGCAGCGUCAGCUUCUCCGAGUUGGACACGCCGACGUCCUUUGACCAGAAUCAGGCGCUGACCGCCACCUCGCCGCCCGACCUUCACAACGGCAGCGGGGUGCUGGGCUUUUUCCACCCCCCCUUUGGCGAGCCGAACAAGGCCAACGGCCGCCUGGAGGUCCGUCCCUCAGAGUGGACGGACGCCAGGAAGACGGCGUCCUCCUCGCAGGAUGUCUCUGUUGAUUGCAACGGUGAAGAUGCAGAGGUCCUGACCAACGGGUUUGUGACCUUUGACCUUCAGGGAAUCCCUUCCUCACAAGACUCUGUCUCGUCUCAUGCCAGAGGACCGUCCACGGAGGGCGGGGACGGCGUCCCGGUCCAAGAGGACGGCGUCCAAAAGGACGGGUUUGCAGACUUUGCUGCUUUUUCUGACUCUGAAGAGACGCAGAGUCAGAGGGACAGGAAGGGUCCACCGGGGACAUCUGUCUGUCCCCAGGACAGGGAGGGUCCACUGGGGACAUCCGUCCAACCCAGAGACCUGGACAGUCCAGUGGAGACAUCCGUCUGUCCCCAAAACGGUGAGCGGGGAGCAGAGGACGCAGUGAGGGACGUCCACCGGGCCGAGGCCCCCCCCGGCUCCUGUAACAUGGACCAGGGCCCGGACUGUCCCCUGGGGGACGCGUGUCUCUCUGUUUGCACUACGGGGCGUCUGUCCCCGAACGGGACCGAGGACGAGUCCCGGGAGGCAGGGGACGAGCGUAGCUCGGAGACGUCUCUGGGCCGGCUGCUGUCCACGGACGGCCUGGAGGACCUGGGGGACAUCAGCACCACGGGGUCGUCCCCACCGCCGCCGGGGGACGCCGCCACGCCUGCCGGGGACGACUUUGGAGACUUUGGGGACACCACGUCCUUCGGCGCUCAGGGCUUUUCUGACUUUGAGCAGAACCGACCGGACGGUCCGGAACCUCCAGAACCUGCUGGGUCCGAGUCAGAGGACGACUUCGGGGACUUCAACUCCCCUAAGGUCCUCGGCGGACAGCGGGACGGAGACGGGGACGGGGGGACAUUUGCCGACUUUCCCAGCAGUGAGAGUUUCGGGAACUUUAGCUCAGUGAAAGAUGGUGAGGACGACUCGGGCUGGAGCGCCUUCAGCGAGCAGAACCAGAACCAGGAGGAUGGAGAGUCCUGGGCAGCGUUCAGCUCAGAGCCGAGCGGCAAGGAGGACCAGGACGAAGAAAGAGAGGACGCUGGGAGGACGGUGCCGCUGCCGGGGGCGCUGUCCGGCCGUCUGGAGAAGCUGUUCCUCAGCAGCUUCCCUGUUAGCUCCGCCCACAGCCAGCAGCAGGUGGGGGAGGGGCAGCUGGUGGAGACCCUGAAGGUCCUGCUGGAGCCGCGAGGCGAGGAAGAGGAGGAAGAGGAGAGGCUGAGCAGCAGGUCGGCGCGCGGCGGCGGCGUCUGGACGCAGCUUCAGGACGUCCAUGAGGCUCUGGGCCUGCGGUACCAGUGGGGGGGUUCCCAUGGCAACAAGGUUCUCCUCUGCUGCCUCGGCAUCGACACCAGGAACAUCCUGUUCACGGGUCAGAAGAAGCAGCCGGUCAUCGUGCCGAUGUACGCGGCUGGCCUGGGGAUGCUGGAGCCGACCAAGGAGCCGCUGAAGCCCGUCUCUGCUGCCGAGAUGAUCGCCUCCAUCGCCCUGAUGCCGCCUGCCGUCGCAGAGAAGAGCUCCGUCCAGCCCGACUCGGUGCAGCAGGAGGCGCUCCCCCCGGUCCAGUUCGACUGGAGCAGCAGCGGCCUCACCAACCCUCUGGACGCCAGCGGAGGCUCGGCUCUGUUGAACCUGGAUUUCUUUGGUCCGGUGGAGGAUUCAGGCUCCAGCAGCUCAGCCUCCAUCCCAGGUGUGGACCCGGAGCUGUUCGAGCUCACCACCGCCAAGCUGGACCCGAGUGGCGCCGGCAGCCGCGUGGCCGACGCCUUCGCUCGCCUCAUGUCCACCAUGGAGAAGACCAGCACGUCCACUCGGAAGCCCAGGAGGGAGGAGAACCUGAGUGACGAGGCGUCCAAGGUGAUCGCGGCGCUGCCGGACCUGUCCUUCAUGCAGGCCAAGGUUCUGAUGUUCCCCGCCACGCUGACGCCGCUCUGCUCACACGCCACGCCCGACUGAAGCCCCGCCCACACGCAUCACUUCCUCAUCUACAUCUUUGUUUUUUUCAUCUUUCAGUUUCUCGGUGGGGGUGUACAUAAUCAGGGAUUUAAUGUUUUUAUUUUAAUGAUUCUGCUUUUAUUCUGGCGGGACUAUGAAGGAAACACUGGCUGAAGCUCUUAAGCUGAACAGAGAUCUGUAAAGUAUGAAUACAUUUAUAUCAACAUAUAGAGUCUUUAUAAGAAUAUUUAUGGACUGAAACCACACUGCCUGCAGAAUCCAGCUGAAUGUUCGUCCUCGUUCGUUUCCGAGGCCUUAGUUCGUCCCGCCGCUUCCUGUCCGUCUCGUCCGGGACGCGUGGCUGGAACCGGAAGGUUCUGGAGCUGUGAAGGAGUUAAGGGACCAACCCGUCUGUCGUUUUGUUUUUGCUCUAACUGCUGUGGCCGUCUCCCUGGAGGGUUUUGCACAUUGUGAAGAUGAUUGGAUGUAAUUGUAGUUCACUGUGGCUUCAGACUGUAAACCGAGGAAGUUCCUAUGGAAAACCGCUGAAUCACUGGAAGAGCCUGCGAGGAGUCGCCGUGCAUGCCGGGUCUUCCCAGACUGGAAAUGUGUAAAUUUUAGUGUACACAAGAUAUUAAAAUAAUUUAAGAGGAA